GGGAGAACAGCUUUGAUUGCCAAAUAGCUUCAAUCCAUUUACAGCGACCUAACACCUACCAGCUCAAGAGAAAUAUCACAAAUGAUGGCUAGCGUCUUCAAAUUUGGGCGAAAAGGAACUCCAUAUAUUCCCAGUUACAUGGAUCUGAGUAAUGGACCUGAGCCAUGUGUUGUAUGUGGAGAUUCAGCUACUGGUUACCAUUAUAGAUGUAUGACUUGUGAAGGCUGCAAGGGUUUUUUUAGAAGGACAAUUCAGAAGAAUUUAAGUUAUUAUUGUAAAUGGAAUGAAGAAUGUAUUAUUGAUAAAACAACAAGGAAUCAAUGCCAACAAUGUCGUUACAAGAAAUGUCUAGCUGUCGGCAUGGCUCCUGAUUUGGUGCUAAAUGAGAAUCAAAGGAAAGCCAAGCGUAAGCUAAUAGCGGAAAACCGUGAUAGGCGGCGACGAGAAGACAUAUUACGCACAAGUGGAAUAUUGUUAAGUAGUCAGCUAAGUGAAUCAGAUGAAGAACUAAUACACCAUGUUGUCAUGGCAAACAGAGAAACGUGUAAAAUGUUCAAUAAGCGGCGUGAAUCGGUGGAGUCAAAUGAAUAUGAACCUGAAGCCAAAAAACUUAAAGUAGAGUUUCCUGACAAGCUAUCAUGGCAGAACUUGGCAGAAGUUAUGACCCCGUCAAUUAUAAAAGUGGUAGAAUUUGCAAAAAGAGUUCCAGGAUUUACAACACUUGAGUACAACGACCAAGUAUUACUUUUAAAAACUUGCUGCAUGGAAAUAAUGUGUUUAAGAAUAGCACAGAAGUAUGACGCUGAUACGAAAACAUUAUUACUCUCAAAUGGUUUGAAAGUACAGAAAGGGCACCUACAUGAUGGAGGACUAGGAGAACUUAUAGAACCUAUAUUUGAUUUUGCUACCAGCUUAGCCAGAUUGCAACUUAAUGAAACUGAAAUGUCGUUGCUAGCAUCCGUCCUUCUCGUUGCAGCAGAUCGUCCCGGAUUAAAUAAUUCCAGAGCAGUUGAACAGUUGCAAGAUACUAUACUUAAUGCAUUCCAACAUUACAUCGCUGAGACUAGACCCAAAACGCCGGUACAUUGGGCUAAGAUAUUGAUGAAGAUUACUGAUCUCCGAACUAUCAGUGCCCGCCAUGCUGAGAGAAUCAUGUGCAUCAAACUAGACAGUCCUGAAGAUAUUCCACCACUUUUUAUGGAAAUGUUUGAUGACUGCAAUGCAUGAGUUUAGCAGAAUAUACUAAAAAAAACUAUGAAAUACAGUACCAAAGAUAAAAAUGAUGUCAUUUAUUUUGCAGUAAAACUGAUAUCAUCAACCAUAAUUACCUUACAUCAGUGAUGAUGUCAUUGACUGCACCAAAAACUGAUGAUGUCAUCAAUAAUUGUACUAGGAACUGAUGAUGUCAUCAAUGAUUGUACCAGGAACUGAUGAUAUCAUUAAUGAUAACUACCUCAUAUCAGGAUGUCAUUCAGUAUAAAAAUACACAACUAUUUUUUGUGUAUAGCUACCUGGAAAGACUUGUAAAAAAUACUAAUGUCGUAUAGAAUAAUAUAUAUAUAAAUACUACUGUCAUUUUUGAGAAUACCUCGUAUUGGUACACAACAAACAAGGUGUCAUUGAUAUCCACCUACUACUGCCAAAUGACAGCUUUUGGGUUCUCAGGAAUAUAUUUACAAACCAAAAAGUUGUCUUUACAAAUCAAACUAAUUUACAAGUCAUUGAGUGGAAACCUGAUUGACUUAUUUAUUGCGUAGUUAGUGACGACUUUGACUAUUUUAAUCUUUACAAGUUAUUUUAUUGAUAGUAGAUCUACUUCUCAUUUUUCCAUUCUUUGGAGAGAGAGAGAGAGAGGGAGGGGAACUGAGGAAGGAACAACGUUUAAUUAUAUCGCAUUUCAAAUUUCAUGUCUUGGACUUCACAAAAUGAUGACAUACGCCAAUGUGUAGUGCCAGUUUACUAAUUGACCCAAACAGUUACAUCUGAACCAUCUACUCUUAUCCUUAGUGUAUACGGUGAUAUUCCACUUAUUCAAAAAUGAAGUUGUACUCUGAGAUCAUUCCUAAAGUUGUAUUAGGACUAACUGUGAUAUGAAAUAUUUAUUAAACAUAUGAUUUUCAGCACAUUCCAUCAAAUUAAUUUACUAAUGUUCUAACAUGCAGAUUCACAGACUCUUUUGAACAAGGGUGAAAUCCACAAACAUUAAUUCUCACAUAUUCAUAUCAUCAAAUAUUUCACAUGAUAAAUCCAAGGCUGCAAUAAAGCUUUUGAAAUGAUCUCAAGAGAACAAUUUAAGAACCGUAUUUUUAUUGUAAUUUUAUUAUUUAUCAGUAACCUAGAGAUAAUAGUGCUGUACGCUUCAAUGUCUGUCAUAACAUUAUCUUAGUUUCCCUCAAGCCUUGUCCUACACAAUAGUUGAACAGUUAAAUAAUGACAACCCAAAGUAUCUACAACUGGUGCCACACUUUGAUUACCAUGCCUCUAUAAAAACAUUAACUUACAUCAAUUGUUUUCAUUAUUAGUCCCCGUUCGGACGAAGUCCGAAAACGGGGACUUAUAAUUCGGUCUCCGUCCGUGCGUCCGUACAUAGAUCAUACAUGUUAGGAUACAUGUCCUGACCGUCCGUGAGUUCCCGAGUCUGUAUGUCCGUCUAUGCGUCAGUCUGUCCAGAGUCAUAUUUCAGAAUCCUGUUGACCGAUUCCCUUCAUUCUUUGCAUGUGUCUAGCACCUAAUGUGGGACAUAUGCACAUGCAGUGGUUUAGCGAUUUGAUUCAAAAUGGCCGACUGGCAGCCAUCUUGUUUUUGAAAAUGUUGUAUUUUGGACAUGCUUUGUCAGUUGUCAUUCAAACUUGGUACAUAGAUUAUACAUGUUAGGAUACAUGUCCAUGACGAUUUAUUUCGCAAUUGGAUCAAAAAUGGUCGACUGGCAGGCAUCUUGUUUUGUUUUUUUAUGCGGUAUCUUGGACGUGCUCUGUCAGUUUUCAUUCAAAUUUGGCACAUACAUGUACUUUAUACAUGUUAGGAUGCAUGUCCAUGACAAUUUGUUUCAAAAUCUUGUCAAAGCUGGCCGAUUGACAGCCAUCUGACUAUUUGGCCUUACUACUAUAUUUCCACAAUUUAUGUACCAUUUUCAUUUGUAUUUGGCACAUACAUCAUACAUAUCAGUGUGUUUCAUAAUCAGAUCAAAGAUGGACGAAUAACGGAUGUUUUAAUUUUUGGCCAUAUUACUACUACACAGAACACGUGUUUUGAUGUAAAUAAACAAUCUGUUGUAUACGCCACUUGGAACUCAAGUUUCAAGAACACACUCGCGACAAGCCCUCCGCUUUUAUAUGACGAGCACAAAGAGAACUUUCAAACAUUUAACGGGGACUGUGUCAUUUUCAAUGACUUGUUUGUUCUGUAGAUGUUGUAUUCAAUGUAUAUUACGGAACAAAUUAUCACAAAUGAGACCCCUUCCUGUCUCAAGGUAGUUGACUACCAUUAAAACUUAUCACCAGAUUUCCACAUGAUGGAUUUACAUUUAAUGCUGUUGCUCACAAAUCCAGAUUAAAAAGUAUGGUCACCGAACCCUUUUUCACAUAAAAGAAAAUGUGUCCAACAUCCAUAAAAAUGAUAAUUUUGUUGCUAUGGUAAUGACCUUUAGUCACAUCUAAAUCUGUGUUUGGGUACAUAUCAUUUAUUAAAUGAGUACUUAUAGUUGUCACAUAUUAUUGAGAAGUUGUGAUAAAUACUAUUUACUUUUUAUGAAUAUGGUAUUACAUUAUAAUUCCGAAAAGGACCAAAAAUAUUUUGUUUAAAGAUAACAGAAGUUUUAAAUUUGGGUCUUGAGAGUUAUUGCAGUCAGUGAAUCAAAUGAUUUAGUGUAAUUGCGUUAGAUUCAACAUCUUGGUGUUGUAUUUACCUGUAAGAUAUCACAUAAGACUUUGUUUUUUUAACACAGUUUUUCAUUUUUGUUAAAUUCUAAACUAGACAAUUUUUGAUAAUACUUGAAAUGUUUAGUGUUCUUAACAAUGGAUCACACAAGAACUUCAACUAUUUCUUAUUAAAUGCAUGGAGUACCUUAUCUGUAUGACAUUUAUUUUGUACAAAACGAUUUUUAAUAAUAAUUUUGUUCGGCUACAUCUAUGCCUUGACAACAGAGUACAUACUUCAAAUCAAAAAAACUUGUAUUGAAAAGAGCACAUGUGAAAACAUUUUAAUAUAAUAUAGUGUAGUUUAUAGGUAGCAAGUUUUGUGUCCAAUUGGUACUUGACAUUUUAUCGACCAUUCCAAUAUUUUAAAAUAAUUGUCAAGUCCUAAUUUAUUUUCUGAAUAAUCUGGUUAGUAAGAGAAUAAGUCUAAUGUAACUGUGAAGACAUUAAUUAUACACUUAGUUUUAAUUUCACCAGUAAGUAAAUCCAUGUGAACGUUUUGACAAUAUUUUUACAACUUAAUAUUUUACUGUAAAACUGUUCAUUUCAAACAUCAUAAAUAGGAUCAAAAUACAGAAAUUAAAUAUCAGUAAAAAUGAAUGAUUUUAUUGUAGUAGACAUUUAGAUGCAGAUAGUAAUUUCAGUUUCUAGAUGUGUUAGGUGAGAUUUCUUUAAGACUGCAAAGUGAGACUUGUCUUUAAUUUUGUCACUUUAUGUAUUAGUAGUUUGAAAAAGAUGCAUGGGUAGGAAAAGGAGCAACUUAUGAACACAAACUCAGGAGGUGCUGAACUCAGGUUUUCUAUGAAUAUUGCAAUAUUUUAUUCAAUUCAUACAUUACAAUACUUAUUUUCAAUUUUUGCAAUUUGUGUUAUUUCUUACAUCAAUUUAUCGCCAUAUUUCUGAGUUGAUAUUUACUAAAUGUUUUUUUGUUUAUUUGUACACAAGUUAUUGUCUCAGAAAGACCAAAAUAUUGGUUAUUUGAAAUAUUGUAUUCAGUAUUUGUGUAGAUGAUAUAGUUUAUUUUUAUCAAAUUUAACAAGAUGCUGUUCUAAGUGAUUACUACUCUAGAUUAUCCAGCAAAAAGUAAUACGAUUGGUAGUUGGUUUUCAUGUGACCAGCAUGUGACCAAGUGAGAUCAUCACAUGGAUUAGCAUUUGUUAUGUUACCUGGUAUGUUAAACAUGUGCCAUAACAAAUAUUUUAUAGUGUUAAUUUACAGAAUAAUGAAAAAAUGAUUCAAAAAUGUGAUUUUGAGAGAAAAUUUUAACAGCUGUGUUAUGUGAAUGAUUGUGCUGAUUUAUGGUAUGCGAUGAAUUACAGAAUUUUGAGUUGAGGUCUGUGAUGCCAUGCUGGCCAUGUCAAUGUGAAUAUUAUACAUGUAUAAGUAAAAGAAAGUGUAUACAAA